AUGGUACGAGCAUUUCCGCCUCUCUACAAGGCGGCUUUAACUAGGUCCGGAGGUUUGACUGACCUGCUGGGGAAAUUGUAUCGACAGCCUUCUACGACAUGUCUAUAUCGAAGCCUCCAGCCGACAUGUCAACGGUCUUCCCGAUUCUUCACCACUCUCCCGCCACGGUUCCAAAGACCGAAGGCCUAUCCAGAUUAUAGCCCAGUCUAUAAAAAGCGUAAUACGUCUAUUUUGUAUUACUCAAUAUCUAUUAUAGUCGGAGUUACCGGGUUCUCCUACGCCGCUGUCCCAUUCUAUCGUGCUAUUUGCCAAAGGACCGGAUACGGCGGUACUCCAAUUACCGACCAAUCCCGUUUCACUCCGGACAAGCUUGUUCCCGUGGACCCUCUUCUUCACCGUCGUCUUAGGAUCACCUUCAAUGGUUCGGUAUCUGAUGCUCUACAAUGGAAGUUCACUCCACAACAAAGAGAAGUACGAGUUCUACCCGGUGAAACAGCUUUAGCUUUCUACACGGCUACGAAUAAGAGUGAUGAGGAUAUCGUGGGAGUCGCAACAUACAGUGUUACACCGGCACAGGUGGCCCCGUAUUUCAGCAAGAUUCAAUGCUUUUGCUUUGAAGAACAGAAGUUAUUGAAGGGUGAGACGGUGGAUAUGCCUGUGUUCUUUUUCAUAGAUCCGGAGUUUGUGAAAGAUCCUCAGAUGAAGGGUAUAGAUACUAUUACUCUGAGUUAUACAUUUUUCAAGGCGAGAUAUGACGAUCAUGGAAAUCUAAAAAUCACUCCAACGGUGCAAAGGUAG